CAGGUGCACUUGAAGAAUGGAUGAUGAUGAUUUUGGUGGUUUUGAGGCUGCAGAGAUUUUUGAUGGUGGAAAUGGUGAAACCCAAACUACCUCUCCUGCCAUUCCUUGGGCUGCUUUUCCUACAGUAUCUGGAGUCCAUCUUUCUCCAGCUUCUCCUGAGAUUAUACUGGACCAUGACCAUGCUACUUCAGUUGGCUGCCUCUCUUCUGAGCCCAUCAUUUCAUCACCAGAAAAUACACGCACAGACAACAGCAUUGUCAGUCAAACUGUUCCUAAAGCACAGAUUCAGCAAUCAACACACACUCAUCUGGAUAUCUCACUUUUUCCAUUGGGUUUAAAUGAUGAGAAAAGUAAUGGAACAAUUGCUCUUGUGGAUGAUUCUGAGGAUCCUGGAGCCAAUGUAUCAAACAUACAGCUUCAGCAGAAAAUUUCAAGUCUGGAGAUUAAACUCAAAGUUUCUGAAGAAGAAAAACAGAGAAUUAAAAAGGAUGUGGAAUCAUUGAUGGAAAAGCAUAGUGUCUUAGAAAAAGAUUUCCUUAAAGAAAAAGAGCAAGAGGCCGUUUCUUUUCAAGAUAGAUACAGAGAACUUCAGGAAAAACAUAAACAAGAAUUGGAAGACAUGAGGAAAGCUGGUCAUGAAGCUCUCAGCAUUAUUGUGGAUGAAUAUAAGGCACUACUGCAGUCUUCAGUUAAGCAACAAGUAGAAGCUAUUGAAAAACAGUACAUUUCUGCAAUUGAGAAACAAGCACACAAGUGUGAAGAGUUGUUAAAUACUCAGCAUCAGAGGCUCCUUGAAAUGCUAGAUACGGAGAAGGAACUGUUGAAAGAAAAAAUAAAGGAAGCUUUGGUUCAGCAAUCUCAAGAACAAAAGGAGAUAUUGGAAAAAUGUUUGGAAGAAGAAAGGCAAAGAAAUAAAGAGGCAUUAGUAUCUGCUACAAAGCUUGAGAAAGAAGCAAUGAAGGAUGCAGUUUUAAAAGCCAUAGAAGAAGAAAGAAAAAAUUUGGAAAAAGCCCAUGCUGAAGAAAGAGAGUUAUGGAAGACUGAACAUGCAAAAGAUCAAGAAAAAGUAUCUCAGGCAAUUCAAAAAGCUAUACAAGAACAAAGAAAAAUAAGUCAGGAAACUGUCAAGGCAGCAAUAAUAGAAGAGCAAAAGCGAAGUGAAAAGGCUGUGGAAGAGGCAGUGAAGAGAACAAGAGAUGAACUGAUAGAGUAUGUAAAAGAACAGAAAAGACUUGAUCAAGUCAUCCGCCAAAGAAGCCUGUCCAGUUUGGAACUGUUCCUCUCUUGUGCUCAGAAACAGUUAAGUGCGCUAAUAGCUACAGAACCAGUUGACAUUGAAUAAAGAGAACAUGACAAGCUAACCCACACUGGCAAUGGAGAAAUCAUUAGACCUCUAAAAUACAUGCUGUGAAUUAUAAAGAUGUUUUUGUUUUCCUUCCAAACCUUGGAGAAUUGAUUUACACUUCAAGGGUAAACCAAACCAGUAUUUAGAAGAACUAUCACGAGAUCUAAUUUAUUUUCUUUUGUUUUCUCCUUUACGUUUACUGUCAUUUUCUUAGGAUCAGUAGCUGUAGUAGCAGCAACGGAAAGUAUGAUGUGACCCAAGAGCCGCUGAAAAUUGCCACAUUACCAAAAGCUAAUUAAACUUAAUAGCCUCUUGUGGCCUAUUAUAUUGUAUUUGGCAAAAAUAGUAAAUAUCUUUACUUAUUGCUUCACAGUGACUCUUGAUAAGAUUCUAGAAUGUAAUCAUACAUUUAUUUGAUUUUGAGGAUAGAAACAGCAUGGACUGCAACAUCACUUAUUUGUCUAUGUAACUUCGAUAUAAAACACUGAUAUGACAAAGAGUCAUUCUGAUAUUACCAGACCCCUUUUUUGUAGUAGGAUCUAUGUAUUUUCAUCGGUAGCAAUUAAAAAUACUGAACAUUAUUAUAUUAAUUCAGCUUUGAUCUGACGUACUGCCUGAAGGGGUAUGUGUGUGAUAUAUGCUUAUUUCCUGUUUCUAUUCUUCAAAGUCACUAUAAAUCAAUAAAAUCAUUUUUCUUAUUAAUCAUAUUGUGAACUUAAUCUCUAGAAAGAUAAUAUAACUUAGCCAUUCAUAGGAAUUCAGGUUCAAAUAUAAAAGAUAUAAAAUCCUUUCCCAGUACUUAAUGUAUGGGGAUGUACUUAAAUCAUGAGCAAUGUACUUUACUGCGAAAUCAUGGGUUUUUUAACAUCAAAACUAAAAUGCUGUCAUUAAAAUGUAUGCAAACAUUUUGUCUUGUUUUCUGAAAUGCUUCUAUUUCCGUGGGCUUUGUACUUUUCUGGAAUUUCUCAAUGAGUAAUAAAAAGAACUCCAAAAACU